CCCGGCGGGCAGAGGGCCCAGCGGUGAUCCGGCGGUGGGGGGCCGGGGCGCCGGGCAGGGUGAGGGGCAGCUGGCGGCGGCAGCAGUGGCCACACAUCUGGAUGGAAGCGAGCUUUGUCCAGACCACCAUGGCUCUGGGGUUGUCCUCCAAGAAAGCGUCUUCCCGCAAUGUGGCCGUGGAGCGCAGGAACCUGAUCACCGUGUGCAGGUUCUCCGUGAAAACCCUGCUGGAGAAGUACACAACGGAGCCCAUCGAUGACUCAUCCGAGGAGUUUGUGAAUUUUGCAGCCAUCUUAGAGCAGAUCCUCAGCCACCGUUUCAAAGCCUGUGCCCCAGCAGGUCCGGUGAGCUGGUUCAGCUCAGACGGGCAGCGAGGCUUUUGGGACUACAUCCGCCUGGCCUGCAGCAAAGUGCCCAACAACUGUGUGAGCAGCAUCGAGAACAUGGAAAACAUCAGUACCGCCCGGGCCAAGGGCCGGGCAUGGAUCCGGGUGGCACUGAUGGAGAAGCGCAUGUCGGAAUACAUCACCACAGCCCUGCGGGACACUCGGACCACCAGACGCUUCUACGACUCAGGAGCCAUCAUGAUGCGGGAGGAAGCCACGGUCCUCACUGGGAUGCUGAUCGGAUUGAGCGCCAUAGACUUCAGCUUCUGCCUAAAGGGCGAAGUGCUGGACGGGAAGACCCCCGUGGUCAUCGACUACACGCCCUAUCUAAAGUUCACUCAGAGCUACGACUACUUGACGGACGAGGAGGAGCGGCACAGCGCCGAGAGCAGCACGAGCGAGGACAACUCGCCCGAGCACCCGUACCUGCCGCUCGUCACCGACGAGGACAGCUGGUACAGCAAGUGGCACAAGAUGGAACAGAAGUUCCGCAUUGUCUACGCGCAGAAGGGCUACCUGGAGGAGCUGGUGCGUCUGCGCGAAUCGCAGCUGAAGGAUCUGGAGGCGGAGAACCGGCGGCUGCAACUGCAGCUGGAGGAGGCGGCGGCGCAGAACCUGCGGGAGAAGCGGGAGCUGGAAGGCGUGAUCCUGGAGCUGCAGGAGCAGCUGACAGGUCUGAUCCCUGGUGACCACGCUCCCCUGGCCCAGGGUUCCAAGGACCUCACCACACGCCUGGUCAACCAAUGGCCAUCACUGGGCACGCUCAGUGGGGCCGAGGGUGCCAACAACCCCAAGCUCUACCGGAGACACAGUUUCAUGAGCACGGAGCCCCUGUCUGCUGAAGCCAGUCUAAGCUCGGACUCCCAGCGCCUGGGAGAGGGCAAGCGGGACGAGGAGCCCUGGGGUCCCAUCGGGAAGGACCCCACGCCCUCCAUGCUGGGCCUCUGCGGCUCCCUGGCCUCCAUCCCCAGCUGCAAGUCCCUGGCGAGCUUCAAAUCCAACGAGUGCCUGGUGAGCGACAGUCCCGAGGGCAGCCCGGCACUGAGCCCCAGCUGAGGAGCGGCGUGGGCAGCGCCAGCCCCACCUGCCGCCCUCCCUCAGAGCCUCCCCAGCCCAGGCCACCCUCCAGAGAACGCUGCCCACUCAGCCAGGAGUCUCUCUGGAGACACCCUUUGCUUCUAGCCCAGUUCAGCUUCUCGCCCACCGAGGCCGGAGCUGCCAAGAGAGGCCGCUGGGGCCGAGGCAGGGGCACCGAGGCCACGGGGACCCUUAGGAAGCUGCUUCUUCCGGUGACCCCAAUGCCUGGUUAGCUCCCAGCGGGACUCUCUUUCGCUCAUCACCCCACCCUCCUCAGGGGCUGGCGGCCCAGCCUCAGCAGCCCCACGUCCCAUGCCUCUUCUGUCUGCCCCUAUGUAUGCCCUGGAGUCACUCACUCCUCAGCCCCCUGGCUGGGGGCGGGGGCCAGCUAUGAGGGUAUCAGGCAAAUAAAAACCAGAGGACUGAGGGCAGCCUUGUCUGUGGAGGGGCUGGGACAGGGGGACCGGUCCUGAGGUUGGCAGAAUGUGGUGGAGUUAGUGCUGGGCCCAUAACCAGGUGACGCUGGACCUGCUAAAACCUGGGAACAGACUGGUCGGAGUAAUUCAGGGAGUGGGUGGCUUUGGUAUGAAGUGUCUGAAAUAGUAGGUCAGCCCAGGGAAACACCAAAGUGUGUUAAGGGCCCCUUGGAUAGCUCAUCUACCCCAGGCAGAGACGAUGCUGGACAUCCUGGGCAGGGAGUUGGGGGGUGGGGCAGAGAUGGAGAAGGCAAGCCCUGGCAGGGCCCCAUUUCCCAUCCAUUACUGAGCAAUUCAGCUUCAGUCUACAGGUCCAGACUCUUCCAUUAGGCCAAGGCCUGGCACUAAAGCCACCUUCCUUCCUGGGUUGUCACUUAAGUGUGCCCUUGGGUAAAGAUCUCACCCCCAGUGGCUCUCAUGACAUUGCAGGAAGGCUCCUCU